AAGACAUCCUGGAGUCUCAGGCGAGCUUCAUCCUGCUGGUUUUGCGCGGUGUCCUUUAUAACGUCUGUCCGCAGCGCUCAUUCAUCGCCCCUGAAGAUCUGAAUGAACGGAUCUACGCUCUUGUUUACCGCAGAUGACAAUAGUGUGGACACACCUUCAGCUUGAUGCUAUAAAACACUGAAGACAUGGGUCGGUUUCAUUCCCAAAACCUCCGACAAACACUUUCAGCAGAUCCUGCUCUUCAACAUGAUCGACACUUAUCAGUCCAGCUGGGUGGCGCUGUUGGGCAGAACGGCAGUGUUUGCCCUCCUGGUGUGGGCUCCUGUGCAGGUGGCAUCAGAAUCGGAAGAAGAAGCCCCAACUGAGUGGAAUCUGUGGAAGAAAAAACACGAAAUAUCCUACGACGAAGAGAGUGAAGAUGUUCACAGAAAGACCAUUUGGGAGACCAACAUGCAGAAGAUCUGGAAAAACAACAAUGAUUUCAGUUUUGGAUUGUCAAUGUUUAAAAUGGCAAUGAACAAAUAUGGAGACCUGACAAGUGUGGAGUACAAACGUUUGCUGGGAAGCAAAAUCAAAGGCACAGGGAAUAGAAAAGGAAAGAUCACGUCUGCUCAGAUGCUCCGCCUCAAUGCCAAAAGACUGGGAGUGACCAAUAUCGACUAUCGAGCGAAGGGAUAUGUGACCGAAGUCAAAGACCAGGGAUACUGUGGGUCUUGCUGGUCCUUUAGCACUACAGGGGCUAUCGAAGGACAAAUGUACAAGCAUACGGGACGGUUGGUGUCGCUCAGUGAACAGCAGCUGGUGGAUUGUUCCAGGUCUUACGGCACGUAUGGCUGCAGUGGAGCCUGGAUGGCAAACGCUUAUGAUUAUGUGAUUAAUAAUGCAUUGGAGAGCUCAGACACUUACCCUUACACAUCAGUGGACACUCAGCCCUGUUUCUAUGAAAAGAAUUUGGCUAUGGCUGGAAUCAGUGACUACAGGUUCGUCCCGGCUGGAAAUGAGCAGGCAUUGGCUGAUGCAGUGGCAACUGUCGGACCAGUCUCUGUUGCUAUCGAUGCUGACAAUCCAAGCUUCCUUUUUUACAGUUCAGGAAUCUACAAGGAAUCCAACUGUAACCCUAACAAUCUCAACCAUGCUGUGCUGGUGGUUGGUUACGGCUCAGAGGAGGGCACAGAUUACUGGAUAAUCAAGAACAGCUGGGGAACGGGAUGGGGUGAAGGAGGCUACAUGCGGAUGAUCCGCAAUGGCAAAAACACAUGUGGCAUUGCCAGCUAUGCUCUUUAUCCCAUUAUUUGAAACAAACGAUAUGUUUUACAAUAAGGUCUGUGUCACAAAUCAGUGUAUUUAGCGGGUUUGACUUGUACAGAGCCGCACUUUAGUCUUGUUUGCAGUCCGACUUUAAGACAAGGCACUUCAGGUGAAUUGGGUAAAAAAAUAAAACUCCUCCAGUAGAUUAAGUUAAGAAUUCCAAACUUUUUUUAUUGUCAUUUUAAUAAAUGCUAUAUUUAAGUAUGCAAAUGAGGUUUUAUUUCAAUAAAUGUGCUAAUUUGCAUACAUUUCUAACAUGGAAA